AUAGGACAGAUGGAGCCAGAGAAUGGGGAAAACAUGGAGAAGGAACAACAGGCCACUUUGAGGACAACAGUCUCCACACAUGAGGGCGUUCAUGUGACCAAGACGCAUCAUGGAGGAGCAGCAGAGAAUUGAUCUGACUUACAUCACUGAACGUAUCAUCACCAUAACAUGCCCUCCUGAGUGUCCAGAGAAGAUCUACCUGCAAAGCCUGCAGGAGAUUAUUGUCAUGCUGCAGUCCAAGCAUGGGCAAAACUACAUGCUCAUCAACCUGUCACAAAAGAAUGACUGUCUGAGCCAAAUGAACCACAAGGUUCUGGACACUGGUUGGGUGGGUGUGUUGGCUCCCAACUUGGAUCACAUAUUCAGUGUGUGCACAGCGAUGGAGAACUGGCUGCAGACACAUCCAAGGCACGUCCUGGUGUUACACUGCAGGGGAGCAAAAGGCCGGCUUGGAGUCUUGGUGGCGUCUUACAUUCACUUCAGCAACAUGUCGUCCAGUGCAGACCUUUCUCUUGACCACUUUGCCAUGAAGAAGUUCUACAACGACAAGCUGACCGCUCUCAUGACCCCCUCCCAAAAACGGUACGUGUGGAUGCUGGGUGCCAUGUUAAAGCAAGGACUGAGGAUGAGUCCCUCUCCGUCGUUCCUCCUCUGUGUUCUUCUUUGUGGUAUCCCUAAAUUAAGACCAGAUGGAGGUUGUUGUCUCUUCCUGAGAGUCUACCAGAGUCUGCAAGCUGUCUGCACAUCAGCAGUCUGCCACGUUAAUGCGGCUCAGACAGACCGGCUAUACUUUGUGCUGCAACCGGCUCAGCUUGUGAAAGGCGACAUCAUGGUGGUUUGUUAUGAUAAAAACAGCCGCAUGUCCAGCCGUCAGGUCGUCUUCCGUCUCCAGUUUCAUACGGGCCUCGUCCACGGACACACCCUCACUUUCUCUAAGGUGGACCUGGAUGUUGCCAGUGAAGAUCCUCGGUUCCCAGAAGAUGGCAAGGUGGAGCUGUUCCUGUCUGACAGCCCAGAAAAGAUCACAGGCAGAGAGCUGUGGCACAAUGGACAUGGUGUGACUGUGGACUAUGACACCUUGGACCCUCUGGUUAGACGAGAUUCAUAUCAGGACACGUCUUCACUAGAGACAGCUCCCCUCCAUGGUCUGGAUCCUGGACAUGGCAGUUUAUACUCCAGAGUGAGGAAGAAGAGCAGUGAGGAAGGAGCUUCGUCCACCCUGACAACCAGCCCUAGCAGCAGUGAGCGCGCUCCAUCUGCCAGCAGCGACUCAGGUUUAUCAGUCGCCUCCCAGGGCCGCACAGGAGCCCCACAGAGGAGAGGGGCUGCUGGGGAGAAGAGCACCCUGGUGGGGAAGUUGUUCCCUGGCCUGGACUUUGAGAUCGCUCAGCCUCUUCUGGAGGUCAUGACGGAGCUUGCUGUGGCUGGGGGAGGAGGAGGAGGUGAGGGAGAGAUGACUGGCGACGAGUCUGGACUGGGACAAACUUUAAAUGGAGAGGCUUCAUCCAGCGAGAGGGAGACAGAUAUCUUAGAUGAUGAAGAUGAAGCUGACGGUGUAGCAGCUCCGCCUUUAGAGAUGCCGAGCUCCAGCAGCGUCUGCUCUCUCUCCUCUGAGAUCCUACCUGAAGCUCACUCUGACUACUCCACACAGUCCUGGGUCCAAACACAGAUGAUUGACACAGUCAGUGACUCUUACCUGGGAGUUGACAGAGAGGAGAGGUUAAAUGGGGUGAGAAAGGAGGAGCUUUCACCUCUGGGCACUCCGGACACUCCACCUCGAGGAGUGAGCAGCAGGGAGGCAGUGCAGAGAGGGCCUGUGGACGAGGACGUCACACAGCACACAGACAUGACUCAGACUUCUCCUUCUUCUCAAGAGGAGGAUUUGGCUUCAUUAACAACAGACGUUGAUGAGUCCAUAGAGCAGCUGAACCAGCUGAUUUUGGAUUUGGACCCAACUUUUGUCCCUGUUCCCACGCGAUGUGCCCCCCUGUCCCGAUCAGCCUCUCUGCAAACCAAUGGACUCAGCCACAAGGGGAAGACUCAUCUAUCAGGUUGGAGGCAGCAGAAGCAGGUCAGUGAUAUUGGCGACUACACUGGUCUAAGUAGUCCGGUAUGGAGAGGAGGCAGUUCUCGGAGCUUUAGAGGAUCUCCGGUCUACAGUUCUACCUCCUCACCUUCUCAGCGUGGCCUCUCCUACAAAGCCAACAGUGUGGAUUAUCGAGGGCACUCUGACAGCUCUGACAUCGUCCCAUCAACCCCAGCCUUCCCCGUGUCUCCUCCAACCCCGUACGUGAAACAUUUCCCUGAGUUUUCCCAGAUACAGACCGGUGGGCAGUGGGAGCAACACAACUGGACACAAGAUUCCCGGAGUUUCCUGGACAGUAUGAACCACGCCGGCGGCCCCGCAGAGGGGGAGCUCUUCAGGUCGGACGUGUCAGUCACUCCCGCUUCCUGUCAGAGGAUCUUUGGCUCCAUGUGCUCCAUGUCGUCGGACAGCCCCCUCCCACACACAGACAGCUCCACUCCUCCUCCUGUGUGGCACGACCGCUCUCCAAACUCCCUGAACUCCUCUUACCCCUCCCAGCCCUCCCCUCCUCUCUCACUCAGCACCCCUAAUGCUCACAGCUCUCCCAGGGGGGCUCUGAGGGGCCUGAGUGGAGGUUCAGGGGUCCACAGGGAGACUGACAGUACAGAUUUGUCCUCGUUGUUGAUGCUGGGGAACGGUGGCCUGGAGCACAGCCUGCUGGAGGCCGUGGAGGGCCUCGGGAGCCUGAACCUCAGUGGAGACGUGGGCCUCCCUCCACUGCUGCCUGAGAAGAGAAGAGGAGGUGAAGGAGGGGAGCUCGGCUCACGAUCCCCUUCCAUGAGCGGGUUUUCCAGCCCUCACAGCGGCAGCAGCCUCAGCAUCCCGUUCUCUUCGCCCAUGACUCCUGACCCCCUUAGAGGAGUCAGUGGGGCCCCGUCACCUGGAUUAGACUUUGGCAGUAAGCAGGACACUGUGAAGUUUGUUCAGGACACUUCCAAGUUCUGGUACAAGCCCGACAUCUCCAGAGAGCAGGCCAUCACGGUGCUGAAGGACAAAGAGCCGGGCUCGUUCAUAGUCAGAGACAGUCAUUCUUUUAGGGGGGCAUACGGACUCGCCAUGAAGGUGGCCACGCCUCCUCCGUCUGUGGUACAACAGAGUAAGAAAGGAGAUCUAUCCAACGAGCUGGUGAGGCACUUCCUGAUCGAGUGCACGCAGAAAGGAGUUCGUCUGAAGGGCUGCCCUAACGAGCCGUACUUUGGAAGUCUCACAGCUCUGGUGUGUCAGCACUCCAUCACUCCUCUGGCUCUGCCCUGUAAACUCAUCCUGCCUGACAGAGACCCGGUUGAGGAGCUGACCGACUCGUCCGCACAGACGCAGACAAACUCAGCAGCAGAACUCCUCAAACAAGGAGCAGCGUGUAACGUGUGGUACCUCGGCUCCGUGGCUCUGGAGUCUCUGACGGGACACCAGGCGGUGCAGAAGGCCACCACAGUGACCCUCUCCAUGGACCCCCCGCCCGCCUCCACCGUUGUCCACUUCAAAGUGUCGGCUCAGGGGAUCACACUGACGGACAACCAGAGGAAGUUGUUCUUCAGGAGGCACUACGCUGUCAACACUGUCAUCUUCUGUGCUCUGGACCCACAGGGCAGAAAGUGGACAAGAGACAGUGGAUCUACAGCAAAGAUCUUUGGAUUUGUAGCCAGGAAAUCCCAAAGUGAGACUGACAACAUGUGCCAUCUGUUUGCCGAACACGACCCUGAGCAGCCGGCGAGUGCCAUCGUCAACUUUGUCUCAAAAGUCAUGAUCGGGUCGCAUAAGAAGUGAGGAGAGAGAGACUCACUACAGAGUGGAAAAACACAGACUGAGGAGCUACAAGAACAACCAAAACUACCGACCCAAACACUCCUGAACCUCCAUCCUUUUCUUGCUCCAUCCUGCAGAAGAAACUCUCUUUUUUUUUAACUGACUGCACUGCAGGAUGCUGCCACUAGAUGGAGCCAAGACCGUCAUGAAUAAAGUCAAACUCACUCCCAGGAGGAUUCAAGAACUUAAAGGUUCAUCCUUGGACAUCUUUGUAAAAAAUGUAAAAAAUCAUACGUGUCCUUUCCCUGAAGAUUCAGUAUAAAUUUAUGUUUUGUCAAAUUUUGACGACUUUUAUUGUUAAGCAUUACACUGACCUUAUUCAUCUAUGGCCAUCAACCCUGGCUAAUAUAGCACAUUUCCUUCUGAUAAACUUGCAAAUACUUUGACAAAAACAUAUAUGUUUAAGUAUAUAUAUGGCUCUGAAACAUUCUAUUUGAGGUAAAAAUGUAAAUCAACAACUUUGUGCGAUCCAGGAUCCUUUUUCAAACUUGUUAUAACAAAUACCAACCGUGCUGUCAUGACAAAGCCGAGUUGUGGUCGCCUUGUACUUAAGAUGGAUUUAUUGCGUUGUGUUUAUAGUAUUUAUCCCUUUUUACAGAUGUGUAUAAGUCAUUUUUUUUCAUGUCAUAUAUUUUUGUAUAUUAACACAAACUGUACAUGAAGA